ACUAACCAUGAGUAAAACCAUUCUUCUGGCUCUACUCUUCAUCCUCGUUUCUCUUGUUCCAUAUCUAAUUGCCCAACAUGAAUACUACCCCGUCCUGGAUUGCAACGAACUAAACCAAUCAAAACCUUCCCCGCCAUCUCUUUACGCCUGCAGAGGCCAAAUUCGUUCCUGCAAGUCAUUUCUGAUUUUCAAAUCUCGGCCACCUUAUAACUCUGUCACAACCAUCUCGACUCUCAUUUCCACUAGCUCAUCUGAGCUAGCCCACAUCAAUAAUGUCACAGAACUCUCCGGUUUUCCAACAGACAUGGAAGUUAUAGUCCCGGUUAACUGCUCAUGCUCAGGCGAGAAUUAUUAUCAAACAAACGCCACUUAUUUCGUAGCAAACUACGACACAUACUUCACUAUAGCAAGUUACACUUACCAAGGCUUGACAACCUGCAAGUCCAUCAAACAAACCAAUACUUUCGGUGAUUAUAACCUGCGAAUCGGUCAAAGGCUAAAUGUGCCACUUCGAUGUGCUUGUCCGACAAGAAAAGAGAACUCAACCGGAACGAAAUAUCUGCUUACUUAUUCACUGAAAUUGAAUGAGAAAGCUGAUUUGAUUGCCAAGAGAUUUAAUGUGAGCGAAAAGAGCUUACUCGAUGCAAACGGGUUUUCCGAAAAGGAUCCUAAUCUUUACCCAUUCACCACGAUUUUAAUUCCUUUAACCAACGAUCCCUUAAGUUCACAAACUGCAACCAAGAGGAAUAACAAGAAAAAAUCAAAGGUAAUGCAACUUUACUUGGCUAUAGGCUUGGGAGUAGGUUUUCUUCUGCUGCUGCUGGCAGUUUUAUUGAUAACAGUCCAAAUCAAGAAGAGAAGACGAUCCGAAAGAGAGGAAUUGCCUAUACAAAAGGACCUGAUUGCAGAAAUCGCUAGUUUUCAUCAAGUUCUUCGAGUGUUCAAGUUCCAAGAACUAAAGAAUGCAACUAAGAACUUCAAUUCGAAGAACAAGAUCAAAGGGUCUGUCUACAAAGGGCUGUUUGGGAAAGAAAUUCUAGCAGUCAAGAAAGUGGGAGUUGACAUAUCCAAGGAAGUUAAAAUAUUGAGCAAGAUAAACCACUUCAACACCGUAAAGCUUCAAGGUAUCUGCAGCCAUUGCGGUUGUUGCUUCCUUGUUUACGAGUACAUGAAAAACGGCUCUCUUCGAGAAUGGCUAAAUAAUAAGAAUCCGAAACAGCCUGAGAAUGGGUGGAGAAGGAGGAUUCAAAUUGCCCUUGAUGUUGCCAAUGGCCUUCACUAUCUCCAUAGCUUUACAAAUCCAGUUUAUGUACACAAGGAUAUAAAAAGCAGCAAUAUACUUCUAGACCGAAAUAUGAGGGCAAAAAUUGGGAAUUUCAGUCUUGCCAAAACAGCAAAAAUAGAUUCAAGCUAUAAUGCAUUCACGUCUAUUGUGGUAGGUACACGAGGUUACAUGGCACCCGAAUACAUUGAAAUGGGGAUCGUGACUUACAAUAUCGACGUGUAUGCUUUUGGUGUGGUUUUGUUAGAGCUGAUCACAGGGAAAGAUGCUGUUUAUUUUUGUGAAGGACAAAAGGUUGUACUUUCAGCAGAAAUGGCUUCGGUUAUGGAAAAUCAAGACGCGGGAAUCAAGAUUCUGCAGUUACUUGAUCCUGAUCUUGAGGAAAAUGAAGGACUUGUUUUUGCAAUGCUUCUGGUGAGAUUAAGCUUAGCCUGCUUGAACCGAGAACCAGCCAGGCGACCAACCAUGGCAGAGAUAGUGUCAUCUCUUCUGAAAUUACAACAUAAAUUACACAAAUUGGAGAAUCAAUAAACAACAGAGAAGAUG